GACGUCACGGACGAAGGUGAGUACCUUUGAUAAACCCUAAGCAAAGUUUCCACUUUGGCAGCACUCCUCAGCUAGGCCCGGUCAGGACAGAUUGCCUCAGUUUUGAGUUAGGGUUCCAUCUUGUUCAUUUCUCAAAACAUUCAAAAUGGCAGAAGAGGCCAUUAAGUCCAAAAAGGAUGAGCCGAAGAGAGCUCAGCGUGCACCAUCCAAUGUUUUCGCCAUGUUCCGACAGACACAGGUUCAGGAGUUCAAAGAGGCCUUCACAAUGAUUGACCAAAACCGUGAUGGUAUCAUCGACAUUGAGGACUUGAAGGAUAUGUACUCUAACCUCGGUCGCAUCCCCCCAGAUUCUGAGUUGAACGAGAUGCUUAAAGAUGCCCCCGGCCCCCUCAACUUCACCAUGUUCCUCAAUCUUUUUGGAGAAAAGCUCAGCGGUACUGACCCAGAAGAUACAAUCAGGCAAGCCUUCUCUAUGUUUGAUACUGAGGGCAAAGGGUUCAUUCCUGAAGAAUACUUGAAAGAUUUGCUCUCUAACAUGGGUGACAACUUUACAGCUGAUGAGAUCAAAGGAACAUGGAAGGAAGCCCCCUUAGAAAAGGGCAAAUUCGACUACAACACAUUUGUGGGAAUCCUUAAGGGUAAAGAGGAUGAUGGUGCACAAUAAAUCAGCUUUCUGUACCUAGCCAAGUGAUCCACUCUCUUCUCAUGUCCUUACAAUCAUUCAGGAUUGAUCAAAUCGAUGCCCCUAAAGGAAAACUGUUACUGUUAUUUCUGGAAAUAGUUUUCAAUAAAUUUUAUUUCAAUUUUGUGUUUCUUUACUGUAGAGAUCUGAAUCUCAAACACAGGUAGCUCUAUUUGGAUCAUGGCUACCUAAAUUAAUUUAACUUGAAUAUAAAAAGAUGUUCGUUUCUCCCCAUUUUGUUUUGAACUGUCCCAGGCCAAAGAGUGUCACCAUUCCAUAUUCACUGAGCUGACUUUGCGAGCACCUUGCUUGGUUGCCAUGGCAGCUCUGUUGGUAUCCCAGCCUGCAACACUCUCGUGUAGCUUGCAGGAGUCGUCCACCAUUUUGGACUGCCAUGAAACUAGGUCAAACAUUGAUGAAGGCUGCUGAUGAUGCUAGUUAGUAGAUGGAACUAGUAGCAUGAAGGGACCAUAACAACUUCUUAACAUCAGUAUAAUAAUUACCAUCUUGACAUGCAUAUUCACUGCGGGCUUAAAAAAACCAGACUACUAAAUGCUACUAUGUUUCUCUACAAAACUGACCUCUGACCUUUGCAGAGAGCUAAAUUUCUGUUGGCCUGGGACAAUUCUUAAAAAUGAAAUUUCUAAAUUAAAAAUUUAGUUGCAUUUAUUUCUUCUGCUUUCCUGACUAUAAAUGAUCUUUUCACAUUGUAGAUUUUGUUUUUAUAUAUUUUGUGUCUAUAUGAGUGAGUGGUGAGUGAUUUAGGUGCCAGUAGAAACUACCCUAGGGGUGUCGAUUCUUUCAUAAAUUAUUUAACCUUUUUUGAUAAUUCAAAUAUUUUUUUAUGAUGUCAAAUUCAUCUGUAAGAUUGAAUUUGUCAUGAAUAAAACGUUCAUCUUUAUGCCGUGUAAAAAAAAAAGAAAAUGUGUAUAAAAUAUUUGUACAAGUCUGACCUGUCCAAGUUCUCAUUGAUUAAAAACAUGUAUACAUGUAAA